AUGUUCCGAAACGUCAGUGAAUAUUGGACCCAUGUUGGUAAUAAACUGAACUCUCGAGUCGCCGAGCCUAGCUAUUUAUAUGGCGCGUUGGAUGAUACUGAUACUGGUGCGCCAAGUCAAAUCGAAUUCUCAAUGAGCAUAUCCAGUCUCACUCAUCCACGUCGAGGAGUGAGACUGGAUGCAUCGAGUCAUUACCGCCCAUGGUUACUAUCAAAUGUGACAUGGACGAUCACGUUGAAUCGACGUGAUCACGCACACAAAUGUGACAUGAAUCUCAAUAUCAUUAUGUUCCCUGCCCAUUACCUAAUUGACGCGCUUCGAUCUGUUCCUCUUGAGGCGCGGUAUAGCGCGCCUCAGAGCGAUCUGUUCCCUGCCUAUUACUUUUCGGACGCGCUUCGAUCUGUUCCUCUUGAGGCGCGGUAUAGCGCGCCUCAGAGCGAUCUGUUCCCUGCCUAUUACUUAUCGGACGCGUUUCGAUCUGUUCCUCUUGAGGCGCGGUAUAGCGCGCCUCAGAGCGAUCUAUACCCUACCCAUUACUUAUCGGACACAUUGUACUUUGUCUCGCCC